CAGGUAACCCAGGCCAGGGAACUGCCUCAGCAGCCAGCCGAUAGAUCCCUAAAGUGCCGGGGCAGAGAGGCACAGCCGCUCCGGAUCGCUAGAACCAAGUUUGGGAGCCGGCGACCUGGGCCUUCUCCAGGAGGAAAGGUGCCACAAUGGAUCUUGUACUGAAUGUUGCAGAUUAUUAUUUUUUCACACCAUAUGUAUAUCCAAGUACGUGGCCAGAGGACGAAAUCAUCCGACAAUCUCUCAGCCUCCUAGUUGUAACAAAUCUUGGUGCUUACAUUUUAUAUUUCCUUUUUGCAACUCUGAGCUAUUAUUUUAUCUUUGAUCACUCAUUAAAGAAACAUCCACUAUUUUUAGAGAACCAAGUAUAUCGAGAGAUUAUGUGUACUGUCAAGGCACUACCUUGGAUAAGUAUUCCCACAGUUGCAAUUUUUCUGGCAGAGAUCAGAGGUUACAGCAAACUGUAUGACCGCAUAGAAGAUUCACCAUAUGGUUGGCUUGGAGUCAUUCUUAGUAUGGCAUCCUUCCUCUUCUUCACUGAUAUGUCGAUCUACUGGAUUCAUCGGGGCCUUCACCAUAAACUUGUAUAUAAGUGGAUCAUGGCCAGAUAUGAAGAGGAAAUGGAUCUCAUGUUUGGAGAAGAUAUACAAAAGAGCCAUUGCACAGGGCCAAUGAAGCACAAAGCUAAACCUGAUUAGUUCCACAAAAGAGCACACAGGAUAUAUUAAUGUGAAGACUCAAGGUUGAGACACUUAACAUACAUUAAGACAUAGGCCUUCCUUGUAUCCACACUCUUGUGAAAAUGCUUACAGAUGAGUAUCCCUAACUUGGCUUUUACUUGGCUUCUAUAAUCUAGUCCCUUUUCUGUCUUUCAUAGUGUGGCAAACUUUCUGUAGUCCUAGCUACUGACUGGGUAAAUGCAUCAUUGCUUAGAUCAUUUGAAUUGGGCCCUGAUUCAAGGACCUGUUAUAUAGAUUUACUUUUCCUUUACUUCCAAUUUUUACAUAUAAGACUUUGAUAGUCUAUAUUCUCAUCCAGAAAUUAUCUUUUUUAUUUGGAUUUUUCUGGUGUCUUUUUAAUUUCUCUUACCAAUUCAUUCAUAUACUUCAUAACUCAGCUACGCAUCCCUAAGUGAUCCUGUGUUUUUCAAUCACCCUCUUCACAGGGGAAUGUAAAAAUAUUAUUAUUUUAAAUUUCAAUGUUUAAAUUCCUUUUGAGAAGAAUUUUAGGUUAAGAAACAUGCUACCUCUCCAAAUCCAGAAACUGAACUCUUUGGAGAAGACACCAUGAAGAUGCCUCCAGACCACAAGCUGCAUGAGAAGAUCAAGAAUGACCUUUGGGUGUGGUUGAUUGAACAUUUAUUUGUAUGUAUACUUUCAUGCCAAAGGGGAUUGCCCCAUAACUGACUUUUUGUCAAUACAUCUAGCAAUUAUUUGUUUUGUUCUUUUUUUCCCUCUUAUCCUCAAAUUAUUGUAAUGUUUAAGUUGAUUAUGUUUUCAUGAUCCUUUUGGGGGAAACUUCUCAAUAAUGAUCAAACAGAGAAAUGUAAAAAUGGAGAUUUGAACCCCGGACUGCAAUUCCCAGAAGUCCUUGGGAGCUACCAGAAUUCCCUAUAAUCCCACCUGAAUUCCCACCUGGGCUGAAAACAGAAAUUGUAUUUAAGGUGACUCUACGCCUACUUCAGGUCUCUCUGCCUCCUCUUCUAGAGACACACAGCUCUCUACCUACCAGGCAAGAUAUAGGUUGCAUGUGCUUUAUAAUUUUGUAUUUCUUUAUUUUUCAAUCUUUAAAAAUCUCUAAAAUAUAAUGCUUUUAGUAGAGAAACUAAAUUUAACUGUUGCAGUAGCUAGAAGAAUUAUACUUAGAGGGAACAGUAACAAACUGUAUAAAGUGAAAUACCAAGAAAUAAAUAUGUAUAUGGAUAUAUGUAGGCAUAAAUAUAUAUAUGUGUGUGUGUGUGUGUGUGUGUGUGUGUGUGUGUGUGUGUGUAACUAGAGUUAAAAGAGGUUAAUACUAAGAGAAAUGGGAAAAGAAAAAGGGAUAAAUUUAUAUAUCACAAAAAAGCACAUGGUGGAGGGGGAGAGAACAUCAAUACACUGGAAGGGUAAAGAAGUUGGGAGAUAGAAAAUACUCAAUUCUUACGUGCAUUGAAAUUGACUCAAAGAGAGAAGAACAAUUAAAUACAUUGGGGCAGAGAAUUGAUUUGCAUUUGAGGAAGAAGAAGGGUAACAAAUGGAUUGGGGGACAGGGAAGUAAUACAAGGGAGGGAGAAGGUAGGGGUUAGUUUAAAAGGACUAUAAAGAAAAUAACGGGGGGAUAAGAAGGGAUGGGGUAGAAAGGGAAGUAAAAUAAGGGUGGGUAUUAGGGGACUGAUUAAAAACAAAACACUGGUAUAGAAGGAAAUAAUGAAAGAAGAAAGGGCAGGACUAGGAGUGGAAAUCAAAAUGCUUGGAAAUACACAACUGGUAAUCAUAACUCUGAAUGUUAAUGGAAUGAACUUACCCAUAAAAUGCAAGCGAAUAGCAGAGUGGAUUAGAAUCCAAAACCCUACCAUAUGCUGUCUGCAAGAAACACACAUGAGGAAGGUAGAUACGCAUAGGGUGAAAGUAAGAGGAUGGAGCCAAAUCUAUUGGGCAUCAACUGAGAAAAAGAAGGCAGGAGUCGCAAUCAUGAUAUCUAACAAAGCCAAAGUAAAAAUAGAUCUAGUCAAAAGAGAUAAGGAAGGUAAUUACAUCCUGAUAAAAGGCAGUAUAGACAAUGAGGAAAUAUUAGUACUCAAUUUGUAUGCACCAAAUGGCAUAGAAUCCAAAUUUCUAAAGGAGAAAUGAGUAGCAUGAAAUAGAUAGAAAUAGAUGAAAAAUUAUACUAGUGGGAAACCUGAACUUUCCUCUAUCAGAACUAGAUAAAUCAAACCAAAAAAUAAAUAAGAAAGAGGUAAGAGAAGUAAAUAAAACCUUAGAAAAAAUAGUGUUAGUAGAUAUGUGGAGAAAAAUAAAUAGAGACAAAAAGGAAUACACCUCCUUUUCAGCAGCACAUGGUACAUUCACAAAGAUUGGCCAUAUACUAGGGCAUAAAAACAUUGCAAAAAAAAAAGAGCAGAAAUAAUAAAUGCAAACUUCUCAGAUCACAAUGCAAUGAAAAUAAUAAUUAGUAAGGGUUCAUGGAGAGGCAAAUCAAAAAUUAAUUGGAAAUUAAACAAUAUAAUUCUCCAAAAUUGGUUAGUUAAAGAACAAAUCAUAGAAACAAUAGUUUCAUUGAAGAAAAUGACAAUGAUGAGACAUCCUUCCAAAAUCAAUGGGACAUGGCCAAAGUAGUACUCAGGGGGAAAUUUAUAUCCUUGAGUUCAUAUAUUAACCAUUUAGGGAGGUGUAAUAGAUGAUAUUUGAGGGUAUAUAUUUGAUGGAUACGAGCUAACUAAUAGAUCAGAUAGUUAUCUUCUUUUUGCCUAACCUCCUCCCUUUUCUACUUCCCUCCUCAGAAGUCUUUCAGUUUCCCCUCCCCCCUUCUUCAGGCUCCCUCAAGUCACUCAGUGUAUGCUGUGAGGUUUCAAUGAUAUAGUUCUUAAUCUUCUUUGUCAAACAAAGGGUUUAUUUGGGGAAGACAGGACAAGGGUUGAGGAUGGAGUCAAGAGGGGUGGGAUAUCCCUAUUAUCUACAGUGAGUGUUAGGUUGGAACAUAUUGAGAGAAAUGGCAAUUCAGUCACUAGCAUGAAACAGAACCAGUCAGAGAGAGAUAUAAGAACAAUUGUCCUUCUUCUUCUGCCUUCAAAUCAGUCAGGUCCCCUCCAACUUGAUUAUCCCAAGACCCAGGGAUAAACCAGCUUCUUCCUUCAGUCAGCCAGAAAGCCCAAAGUCCUCAGCCAUGUCCCAGAAAAACAGUCACCGUUGGCUUGGCUCCAAACUGCUUUUCCCAG